AUCCUACUCGUACUGUACCCGCCCACCUUCUCUCAUUCCGAGCCUCUAUUCCCGCCACGAAACUCCUCUUGUCACCAUAAUAUCGCUAUGAAGAAGAAGACGCUGCUGCUAUGCUUUAUCCAUGGCUUUAAAGUGAGAAUAAACAUUGCAUCGACAUAUCCUUCUCGUUCCCGGGCUAACUGAUCGUAUCGCCAGGGUGAUGAUGAUACGUUCGAUAGGUUCCCGUUUGUAAGCUCCACCUCUCUCCCUCGAUGUUCUCCUGAACCCAUGCGAACAUAUGUUGAUCUCGGCUGUUCCACUAGGACCUUAAGGCUCUCGUUGGCCAUGCGCUCCCACAAUUGAAUAUCGAGUCGGUCGUCUAUCCCCGUUACGAGACCCGAGGUGAUCUUACGGCCUGUGUAGCUAAUUUCCGUGAAUGGCAAGUUAUAGUGGCAGCUCCUUACAAGCCCGCCAAUCCUAACAUUUGUUUCCCAGGCUACAAACCCGCGUGAUAGAUCUUGAAGUUACCGCCGGUACACAGUCCCCGACCGUCGACCCCUCAGUUCGAACGGUCCUAGUCACGCAUUCGAUGGGCGGUAUUAUCGCAGCCAACACUUUACUCUCGAUUCUUGAUGACCAAGUUGUGAAAUCCGACGGCAACCAUCCAGAGAAAUUUAUGUUCCCCUACAUUCAGGGAAUUCUCGCCUUCGAUACCCCCUACCUCGGAUUAUCCCCCGCAGUUUUUGCCCAUGGAGCCGACACGAAUCUAAAGACUGCAUCCACAGCAAUAUCACAAGUUAGUACACUGGCAUCUGGGUUUUUUGCAUCGCGUGCAGCAACUGAAGGUUCAAAAGCCUUGAACAAAGCUCCAUCCGAAGAGGACAAUGGGAAGGAACCAGAGGCUCCCGGAUUCUGGUCGCAAUGGGGCACGGUUGCAGCGUACGCCGGCGCUGCAAGUGCCCUAGCUGCAGGCGGCGCAGUAGCUUACUUCAAGCGGGAUGAACUUGGACAGGGUUGGGGUUGGGUGUCGUCGCAUCUGGAAUUCGUCGGUGUGCUGGUGAAGGGGGACGAACUCAAAGAGAGAGUGGAACGGGUGUCAAAUAUUGAGGGUGUUGGAUUCGCAAACCUCUAUACCGCGCUCGGUGACCGAGGUAGAGACAAAGGCGAGCGAACAUUUUGCAUAUUACCGCAGAAGGGAAAAGGAUGGUUUAGAUGCACAAAUACCAUGGCCCAAGACGAGGUUAAUGCGCAUGUCAGCAUGUUUCAUCCAAAAACCAACCCCAAGUACUUUGAGAUGUCACAAUUGGCUAAAGGAUUAGUAGUCCAAUGGGCUACCAAUGAGUGGUCUUAUUAUCCUGGGCCGCCGUCUAGAGAUGCCGGAAUGUCGAUGAACGGGAGGACACUGAAGCGAGGUGAGAAGCUUUGAUGCUUAUGCGCGUUCACAGCGUUCUUUUUUUAUUAAACAAGCAGUGGCUAAUGCUUUGCCUUUGUGUUUUGUUUUUGUUUUCACCAUAGCGGACGAGUGAUUUUGCAGCAUGUAACCUUUUUGGGUAUUGAAUACCAUGAAACAGUUGAUAAUCUUAUCUUUAAUGUUAUUUCAGAUUCUGCCACA